CGCCGGCCCAACUCGAACCUCCCACUUCCUUUUCUAUUUAAAUUCACAGUCGCUUAACGCUUCUUUCCAUUGCUGAUUUUCCGUGCUUACUUCGCUCCUCUUUUUUAUGGCUAGCGGAUUGGGGUUGGAAUGCCAAGUUUGCGGAUUUGUGGGGUUGGAUGAUGGUUCAGAUGGUUUCUUUUACUGCCAGCGUUGUGGUGCCCAAGCUGAGGGAAUUAGGGACACUGCUGUUGAUAAUGAUGAUAUGAUUUUGACCAAAGAUAAUGUAGCGGGUCUGGUUCAAAGGCGUGUACCCGCUGUUAAAAAUGAGCCACUCACGCAGUCCCAACCUGCUUCACAAUUUUGGGAAGAUUUAUGGACCCAAGUAGACGAUGUUAAAGUGGGUGAUGGUGUGGGUCCAACUGAGCCUUCUGAUUUCGGAAGAGGGCCUAGAACUUUGGAAUAUCAUGAUUAUUACUCGGAACUUAGGAUUAGGUAUGUGAUGGGUGUCCAAAUAAUGAUUCAAUUGCAGAUGAAGGCUUUAAUUGAAACGUUCAAAGUACAUCCCAUAAUUGUUGACCUGGUUCAGCCCAUUUGGAUGAGAUUUGUAGCAUCAACUAAAGUUUUUACUGAUGGAUGGGCUGAUCAGGCCAUUGCUGAAUCAGAAUCUCAAGUGCAAGGGGAAACAGAAAUUGUUGGGCCUAGGCCUAGACAUAAAAACGAACCACAUAAUUUACUUGGUAAACGGAAUGUAAUGAUAUGGUACCAAUCUGUGAGCAAGACAAUACCAUUAUGUUAUUCUCUGGUAUUUUCUUUUCUGGCGUGCCAUUUGGCAAGAGAGGCAGUCUUGCCGACAGAUAUUAUUAACUGGGCACUUGAAGGAAAGCUUCCGUAUUUUGCUGCUUUUGUUGAUAUAGAUAAACAAAUGGGACCCCCUACUAAUGCCUGCCCGCUAAAAUCAAGUCUUAUGUUCAGACCUAUACAAUCCAUAUCGACCCAGAAACUUGAGUCAUUGGCAGGCAUCAUUGCUCAUUCAAUAGGAUUGUUAUUACCUCCAGUCAACUUUUAUGCAAUUGCUUCCCGCUAUCUCAAUCAGUUAUCUCUUCCAGUUGAGACUAUCCUUCCUCAUGCAUGUAAAAUAUAUGAAUGGUCUAUGCCAGCCGAGCUGUGGAUAUCAGCUAAUGAUUCCAGGCUUCCUACUCGUGCUUAUGUAUUGUCUUUACUUAUAGUUUCAAUUAGAAUUCUUUACAAUAUACAUGGUUUUGGGAAGUGGGAAAUGUCUUUGUCUGGCACCUUGAAGAAUAAAGAUGGAAACAUUUCAAAAGGUACGGAUAUAGAUGUUGAUGAAGAAAAGGUCGAUGAAAAUAAUGUUGCUGAGAUGUCAGACACAAGCAGUAGCGAAUCAGAUAAUGACGAUUCAGCUGCAGACCCUUGUGAUAAGAAAGUUGCACCGAACUUGGAUGCUACAGAUAUUUUGCUUGUUCUUCAUUCGAAAUACAGUGAGCUCAUUCAUACAAGUGAUUAUUGCAAGGAUUUGGAAUCGUAUCUUAAGUAUUGUAAGGAUGUGGUUUUUGCUGGUACCGAACUGUCAUUUGAGGAUCAUGAAGAAGCUCAGAUAAUAGAAGAUCUAUGGAAUUUUUAUCAGAAGAAAGAGGAUUAUAAACCACCCGAGUGCUCCCCUAGCUCCAGUAGUCAACUCAUGAGAUCUCCAACUUGUGCUCAAACUGGAACAAAAGAGACCAAGAAACCUAAAAAUGACAAUGCCAAAAUCACCCUUGGCCCUAAGGAGUCCCAUAAAGAAAGAGCAAUCAGGCAAAUGAUAUCAAACAUGGAAGAGAAUCACUUCACUUAUAUCCCUCCAAGGACCAAAGUCAAAAGACAUGAUUACCUACACUACACAAGGAAAAAGGUGAACGGGGCCUAUGCACAUGCUGCGCAUGCAGAUUAUUACAUUCUGUUGCGUUCUUGUGCACGGGUGGCUCAACUUGAUGUGAGGAUUAUGCAUGCCGCUGUGCAGAAUUUCGAGAGGCGGCUUGCUUGGCUAGAGAAAAACAUCCAACACUGCUUACCUCGAAUGGUUUAUGCUGAACCCUGCCAAUUCUGCAAUGCUGAUGAUGAGCCAACACAUAGUGUUCCAGAUGAUGAAUAUGUGGAUUUUUCCAAGUUAAACUUGUAAUAUUGGUUCAAUUAGUUUGCACCUUAAUCAGUAUUGGAUUUUUGUGUUCGUCCAAUAUAUUAAGGUUUUUUUUGCCAAAUAUUCAAGGUUGGUUACGACUCCUUCCCUUC